AUGAAGCAGAAGGAUUUUCGCUUUGAUACGAAACAAGGAAAUCUUAAACCUUCGUUCAGAAAUUGUUUUCAUUCAUUGCUUGUCAUGAUUACCGAAGGACGGUUAAAAGGGAAUCUGCUGAACAGCAUUAACUUCCCCAUGCAAGCACUACUCACGUUUGAUGGUCAUCCUCGACUGGUAAUCACCAUAAGCAUGAACAGCAUAUCGCCAUUUACAGUAAACAUUCACCCUCAAAAGAAUACCGAUGGUGCUUGGUGGAAAAUUGGACACAAACGAUAA